CUUGUAAAUUCUGGUCUCUGGAUGAUGCAGCCAAUUUGGCAGACAAUUUUUUCAUUUUGAAGUUUCUUUUUGAAACAAUUGCAAAGUAUGAUAGUUUUGAAAUAACCGGGGCGAACUCGCGAAGCAUCGAACAAGAGUUUACAACGAAACGAUGGGUUCAAACGCGACGGACAAAGAGAAACUUCUGCGCGAGACCGAAGCAAUGCUUCGUGCUGUCCUUAUCAGCAGCCCUCGCGGAGUACGUUUCGAGAAACUGCAACGGGAUUUCUUUGAACUGACGGGCAAACAAAUACCAUUCAAAGAGCUGGGUUAUCCAAGGCUCGAGAACCUUCUGCAAAGUAUGCCCUCAGUAGCAAGGAUAGAAAAGGAACCAGGUGGUGACUUCGUUGUGAAGGGGGUGGCCUCAAGUGCUGACCAACACGUUGCGAAGUUGAUCAGCAAACAGAAGAAGCCUUCUCUCAAGAAAGGUGCGAAAUCGUUCAUGGCCAAACGAAGGCAAAUUCUGUUUCAAAAGAAUGCAAUCACCCCGGUGAGGAAACCCAUUGGGCGACCACGGCCGCCAACCCAUAAAAGUUCAAAUUUUAUGGCCCCAAAGUUUGUACCACCAAGAAUGCAGCGACUACAACAGGAGAACAACAAGAACAGGGCUGUUGCACUGCCACUGAGACAAAAUACGAAGGCUAAAGAUCCCAUGAAUUUGUCGGUCAAAGUGUCAAACAAUGAGAGAAGUGUCACAACUGUCGCCUCUCAUGAUCAAGAGCAGCCUGUGGCAUCUGGUAUCCUGGAGAAUGCAGCGUCAGUCAAAUGGAUCAAAGCGGAAAUUGAAAAAGCUAACAGUGGACUGUGGGCAACACGUCUGGAACACCUCUUCAAAGAGAAGUUUAAAAGAGCGUGUCCGAAGCAACUUAUGCAAGAGCUAAAAUUUCGACCAGAUAUCACACGAGUGGAAGAGCCUAUUGCUGGGAGAUUUUUACUCUAUGCUCCAAGACAACAACAGCCUCCUGUAGCUUCCGGAUCACAUGCUGGAAAUCAGAUCCAAGUGAACAAAGCCGACUUCGUAAUACCAUGCUAUUUACCUGAUGUUGGUGCGUCAGUUCUUGUGUACAUAUCCCAUAUGGAGAACCUCAGCUGUUUCUAUGUCAGUCUUUCAGAUUCAAUUUCUGAAAUGUUGAGCGAAGAGAUACGCAAGCAUUACAAGACAAGUCAAUACAACUCCGAUGCCAUUCCGUCAAUCUCCCAAGGACAGAUAUUCUGCGCCCAAUUCACGGAAGAUAAAAAUUACUACCGCGCACGCGUCCUGGAAGUGGUUGACAGUGCGCAUGUCAAAGUACUCUAUCUUGACUUCGGUAAUAAAGAGAUUAUCUCAGUGGAGAAACUGCGGGUCCUUAUCAGCGAUUUUCAAACACAACCAAUUCAAGCAUUUGAGUGUUGUUUAGAAGGUGUGCAGCCUUUAGACCAGUGUCAGGAAUGGAGCGAGGCAGCCAUUGUUAAGUUUGAUGAACUGACGAGCGAAAAGGAACUGCGGAUGACCGUGCACGAGAUCGACGACGCUAUCCUGACAGUAUCUCUUGUGGACGUGUCAUCGGAGAUGGACAUUGCUGAAAUGAUGAAGAAAGCUGGUUUAGCCGUUGGGACUAAAAACCUGGAGACAACUUCAUCAUCGUCAUCUUCCUCCCUGUCCUCCUCUUCAGGACCAACGUUGGAGAGGUCUCCUUCAAAAACAGAAAGCGUUGCAUCGCGGUCUCGUCGCUUGAAAUCCAAAUCCCCAGGUAUUGUUGAGUUGCCGGACGAGCUGUUUCUUGAUGUUCUGGUUUGCAAUAUCACGGGAACUUAUGACGUGUAUUUACGUCUAGUCGGCGAGGAAUACUCGAAUAAAUUAGAAGCUAUUCAAGAAAGUAUGACGUGCUAUUACAGUGAUUCAAAAGACGAAGUUAUCACAGACCCUGCUAACGGUGAUUUGUUUGCGCUGAUUUCGGACGAAGUCUGGUGUCGAGUUAAGGUGACGAGUGUAAAUGGCGGGGAAAUUAAAGUGUUCUUCGUUGAUCACGGGGACAGCACGGUGGCUAGUAAAGAUCAGUUGAGACCUUUGGCCCCUCAAUUCAGGCAACUGCCCUUUCAGGUUUUCCAAUGCGCUCUAAAUGGCUUACCAAAGACCAAAAAUCCGGAAGUCGUUGAAACGUUGAAAAAGUUGAUUAUGGGCGAAGUUGCUGUGGCCGAGAUUAUAAAAAGGAUGGGGGAUUUGAUAUUUAUCGAGCUGUUGGACACAAGAACCGAUGCUAAUAUUGUGGUGAACAAUGUCGUGAGAAAGUUGGUUAUACCCGACGAAGAGUUGAAACCUGUUUUACCAAAGGUUGGCCAGAGUACGGACGCCGAUCUGGCGUACAUUUCGACGGCGGGAAAUGUAUUUCUUCAUGUUUCUGCUGUUGGGAGUAAACGAUUGGAAGAACUGAACAGAGACCUUACUGAACAUUACAAGUCCAAGCAAUCGAAAGCAAGUGAAUUCAUUUCAAAGCCCGAAGCUGGCAAAAUAUGUUGUGCGAAAAGUGGUGACGGACACUGGUAUCGUGCGAAAAUUGUUUCUUUCACUGAUAGGGAUGCUAUGGAAGUGGUCUUCCUGGAUUAUGGUAAUACAGAAGUUAUACCCACCACGGAUUUACGAAAACCGACCCAGGAAAACUCUCAUGUCUUGUCACUGCCGUUCCAGGCGCUGGAAUGCCAACUUUAUGACGUACCGAAGGAUGGCUGGAGCGACGAUGUUAUCAAUCGAAUCUUCGAAAUUGUCGAACAAGGCAGCCUGCAAGCAGAGGUGAUAUCAGAAGGUGAUAUACCCGCGGUGAGCCUUUUAGUCACAAUGGAAUCGGAAGGUGAAUGCGAAACUCAUCGCCUCGCAAGUCUGCUCGGGCUUGGAGUCGUCGUAAACGGCAACCAUCCUGUGUCAAAUAUGGAGAUCAGUAAUGCUGAUGUUAUAAAGAAGGAAACGCAAGCUGGAGUGAGCGAGGAAAUAUUGUUGACCACGCUGGAAAGUGGCUGGUAUCAUUGCAUUUGCGAUCCACUGCCACUUCAAGCAGGAUGGUUUGAUGUCUACAUCACCGAAGUCAGAGACGCCGAUCAUUUCACGUUUCAACUUUUGGAGAGCAAUUCAGAGAUUACCAAAUUGGGGGAAGAGUUACAGGAGUUUUACCAGAAUCAAGUUGAAACUGAAGUGACGUUGGUCGAGGGAGACGUGGUUGCUCUUUUCUAUGAAGCCGACGAAUAUUGGUACCGUGGUUUAGUUGAGACUGUAAUCAAUGAGGAAAAAGCGUACAUUCGGUUCCUGGAUUAUGGUGGAAACGCUACCGUUAACAGGGAGGACGUACGCGUUUUGGAUGAAAAAUUUCUGAAGUUGCCUUUCCAAGGGGUUUCAGCAAAAUUAGCUGGAGUAAAGUGUACAAAGAAAAAGUGGUCUAGGGAGUCUAUUAAGAAUCUUAGAUUCCUAAUGUUGGAUCGAUCUCUAGUAGCGAGAGCCGCCAAUGGUCUUGCUAACUACAAUCUCGACCCCUCAUCUACUGUUGAAUUGGAACUUUGCGAUACAGAAGACCCCAAACAGGACGUCUUUAUUGCAGAGAAGUUUAUUGCAAGUAAUUCUGACGUCGUUUCAUCGUUAUCUCCAGCAAUCUGAGGCUCUAUGUGCGAUUUAUUAAUAAUUUGAAAUACUUCAUAUUAAUCGUAUGUCGUCCGUCGUCUUGUGGUUCAAGAAUGAGAAUUUUCAGUAGGAGUGGAGACAGUCACCAAUUACAGGGAAUUGGAAAACGUUUAAAUUGGAAAUCCAGAGUUUUAAUGCAAGGCGGAAGAUAUUGGAAUGUUUAAAGGAUAUUGUAAAGACAUAAUUUGCUUGCCGUUACAGAAGGCGAUGAAGAGUUUCUGCGGCCGGAGCUUUAAAAAUUGAAGUAUAUAACACAAUGGAUGUUUUUAUUGUAUCUCAGUGGGAGGUGUCGCUUCAGUCACCAGAGUUUGAAAAUGUUUGUUCUUUUGGCAAAAGGACAACGGUCUGGAGAGCAAUAUUUUCGAACAACCAAAUUUGUGAGCGGGAACAAUGUUUCAGACCGGUUUUACCAAAGUGAUAUCGCUUUAUGUUUCGUACCAAGGCAGGUUUAAGGGCGAAGAAUUUUUAUAAACUUUUCAGAUAUCACGACAGAGCUACAUGCCAAUAAUCUUUGUUCUUGUUCUCAACUGGUUCAAGGUGAAAUUCAUCGUUUGGAUGCUAUUCUUCAGUUGUAAAUGCUUCACCUUUAGCUGAGAUGGAGUCCGGUUAAUGGCGGUGCAACUAAACUGAAUGGCUAAAUUAUCUGAAUCUUCCACUCCCCUGUCUGCACUAAGCCGGGGAUGAUUAAUAAUGUUGACGCCAGGAAAACUUUGGGGGCGGAAGUAAAUUCUGAAGAAAAAAAACUAUGAGAUUGAUGUUACCUCCAUGAAUGAUGAUUGGAGAUGCCUGGUUGAGAUUUUUCUAAUAGAAAAAAUGCGCAGAUUGGACGCUUAUAAACCUUAUGGCUUGAUUUUUAAUAGUGUUAGUUAACUCUUGGCAAUGAUGCGAAGCUCGUUUUGAAGGGAACAAGUUAGUUGCACACGAAAGUAAUGGACAACGAGAGGUCAUUUAGGAGUUUCUUGAAAACGGAUUAAAACGGUUUGAUGACAAUGAUGUGCUUUGGGAUAAAAUGAUGUCCAAAGCUUUGGGAUGAAAUGCUGCAACUAUACCUGUUUUCAAAACAGAUAAUCGCGCACUUGGACGCUUAGCUGGCAUGCAUAAUAUUCGUGAAUGAAGUAGAUAUAUUAUGUAUUGAAAUUGAAGGUCUUUACCAAUCCCUGUUGGUGACACAAAUUUGUUGUAAUUUGAAUGAAGCUCACACCUAUGGCUGUAGAUAUGCCAAGCAAGCUCGCUCGCAAUGAAACCGGACAUUAUGGCAGAAUUUAAUGAAGGAAUUAAUAAUCUUCGUUGGGUUUUAGACAAAUUUAGUUGAUUUGGAAGACGAUAGACCUGAUUUGACUCGUCGUGACUGUGGAAUAUGUUAUAUGAAAGAUACCAAUUUUCGCCGUUGUAAAAUGGAACUAUUUGGUCUUUGAAACAAUUCGUAUUCGCCGUGGUGGAAGACGAUACGAAAGAAGAAACUUGGAUUUCACAUUUAAACAGUUUUGUUUCAGAAGUUUUUAGACUAUGGCUGCUUUAGGAGAAACUAAUAAUUUUUGUCCAAAAGGUAGACUUAUAAAGCCGCCAUUCUAAAACUUUUACGAAUUACCCAUGUCGUAUAAGUGGAGUACUUUUCGUAUGUAGAAAAACCCUGCUAUU